GUGUAGGAGGAGCAUACACGAGGUAUAAAAGAACCCAAAGCUAGAAACGUCUUCGAUAUCGUUCAAAUCACAGACAGAGUGAGUGAGAGGACAGAGGAAGAGGACUGCAGCCCCCCCCUCCGCUCUCAUGCCUCCGUUCCUGCUCCUGUUGUUCCUUCUGUCUGGACCAGCUUCUGACCAGACUGUGGUAACAGUGUAUCCUGGACAGGAUGUUACUCUACCAUGUCGGGCUGCUGAUUCCAACAUCAGUGUUUUAGAGUGGAGCAGACCGGACCUGGAGCCAGACUACGUCCUCUUAUGCAGAGACGGACACCUGGAUCCAUACCACCAGCAUCCGUCCUAUAAGGACAGGGUGGACGUGGUGGACAGAGAUCUCAAGGACAAAGACGUGUCUUUAACUCUGAAGAAUGUGGACAUCAACGACACUGGAACAUACGAGUGUCGAGUUGCACCAAGUGGUUCAGGACGGAAAAAGAGAACCAUCAUCGACUCUGAGCCAAUCAGAAUCAUGCGUCUAAAGGUUACAGACUCAGGUUCAACCUGGGCCUCAUCUUCUCACCCUGCUCAUUAA